UCCCCUUUAGCUCCUCUCUCUCUCCCUUCCCCUCAAAAACUUCAAUUCACAAUUUUAAUACUAAUUUAACUUCAACUAUAAAUUCUUUUUUCUUUCUUCUUUCAUCAUCUCAUCUCAGAUCUUCUUUCUUGAGAUCAAGAAUUGAGUAUUCUGGUCUCAAGAAUCGUCAUUCGAGAGCUCUUAUGGACCAAGAUGGUCAGAAAGACGAAACGGAAACAGUUUCAUCAUGUUGCAACAACAACAACAGCAACAGCAACAGCAAGAGCAAGAGCAAGGUCGUGCCUGGAGAUGACGAGAGCAGCGGUUGUACGAAGACAAGGAAGAGUAGAAGAAAAUCUCAAGGAAAGGCGAUGAAACGACGGGAGUUGAUGUCGUAUUGCGAUCUACCGGACUACAUGAAAGACAAUGAAUACAUAUUGAAUUAUUACAGAGCUGAUUGGUCCAUUAGGGAUGCUUUCUUCAGCGUCUUUACUUUCCACAAUGAGUCCCUCAACGUUUGGACACAUUUGAUAGGUUUCAUCUUAUUUGUGGCACUAACCGUCGCCAACAUUAUUCAUCAUGAUGGAUUCUUCCCAGUGGAUGCAAAGAGUCCAGGGAAUGUUACAAGGUGGCCAUUCUUCGUCUUCUUAGGAGGCUCAAUGUUCUGCCUACUCGCAAGUAGCAUUUGCCACCUCUUCUGCUGCCACUCCAAAGACCUUAACGUCUUGCUCUUACGGAUAGACUAUGCUGGUAUCACAGCCAUGAUCAUCACUUCUUUCUUCCCACCAAUCUACUACAUCUUCCAGUGCACUCCUCGUUGGUACUUCAUCUACCUCGCAGGCAUCACUUCCAUGGGGAUCUUCACGAUCAUCACACUCUUCACCCCUUCACUUUCCGCACCCAAAUACCGAGCUUUUCGCGCUUUUCUCUUCGCCUCCAUGGGGCUCUUCGGGAUUGUCCCAGCUGCCCACGCGCUAGUGGUCAACUGGGGAAACCCGCAAAGGAACGUUACGCUCCUGUACGAGUUGCUUAUGGCAGUGUUCUAUCUUGUUGGGACAGGGUUCUAUGUAGGGAGAGUGCCCGAAAGGCUUAAGCCGGGAUGGUUUGAUCGCGUGGGACAUAGUCAUCAGAUCUUCCAUGUGUUCGUUCUGUUGGGUGCUUUGUCUCACUAUGCAGCUGCUCUCUUGUUCUUGGACUGGCGUGACCACGUUGGUUGUUAAACCCAUAUAUUUAUGUGUAAUUCUUUUAUAUAUUAUUAUUUUGUUUGUUUCGUACGUUCGUGGUAAACAAAAUUGUAAUAACCCAUUUGUUUUAUAAUAUUGAAUUGUAAUUCUACGUCCGUACGUUAAGUCUAU